UAUUCUCUUAAACGUUAUAAAAUAUAUUACACAAUGAGACGAAAGGCAGGCGUUGGUGCAAUUCAAAAACAAAAGCUGGAGAAAGAAAAAUAUAAAGAUAAGGGGACAGAGAUUCAAGAGAACCAGUUUGAGCAAAUGACAAAACACAUGGAAACUUUUCGCGUUAAUUUAGAAGAGUUUGCAACAAAGCAUAAAAAUGAAAUUAAAAAGAAUGCACGUUUUCGACGGCAAUUCACUGAAAUGUGUGCCUCAAUUGGUGUGGACCCUUUAGCCUCAGGAAAAGGGUUUUGGUCUGUCCUUGGCAUAGGAGACUUUUAUUAUGAGCUAGCUGUACAAAUUGUAGAAGUAUGCAUGGCAACAAAUUAUAAAAAUGGUGGAUUGAUCUCAUUAGAUGAACUUAGAACAAGAUUAAUACAAGCAAGAGGUCGUAGAAAAGAACAUCAAGAAAUAACAAAUGAAGACUUAUUGGCUGCAGCAAAAAAACUAAAAAUUUUUGGAAAUGGAUUUUCUAUUGUUCCAAUUGGAAGAGGCAAACACCUGGUACAAUCUGUUCCUGGUGAACUAAGUAUGGAACAUACUGCUGUGUUACAGCAAGCUAGUUUAUCUGGAAAUGCACAUAUUUCAAAGUCGAUACUUUGCAAAGAGUUAAAGUGGGAACCAGAUCGUGCACAAAAAGCCUUGGACCAUAUGGUAAAAGAAGGACUAGCAUGGUUAGAUGAACAAGGAGAAAAUGAAACAUUGUGUUGGUUUCCUAGUUUGUUCACAGCUUGUAUUGUAUCCACAGAGUAAGCACUUAAUUUUAUUAUAGAUAGAUAGGUAUUUAAAAAACAAAAAGUAUAUAUGUGGUAUGAAAUGUAUUUUUAAUGUGAAUAAACUUAGAGAUGUUAUAAUA